AGCUACGGUCAGAAAAGGACUUCGGAGCUGGAGGUUAGUAGGUUGAUUGUUCUUUUUGUUCAUGGUAGAUUCUAUUUCUAUUUCUAUCAGCUCCAAGAGGAAUUGUUUUUGACUGCUGUUUGUGAUUUGCUCCAUCAUACAUCAAAGCCAUAAUGAUUGAGUUCGGACAUUUUGGAAAAGAUAAUGGCUCUUUGUCGUAGUGCUUGCCUGUGCGAGCGAAAGGAGGUGAUAGUUGGAUAGUUUGACGUCUUCUGCACAAAGCUGCAAGACUGGAUUUGGAGGUCAUUACGAAGCAUCCCUUUUGCUGGGCCGAAUUACUCGAUCCGUGUAACACGGUGGAGAGAUUGAGGUCGGAUGGUCCGAUGAAACUUCAGGUAAGGCAGAAGAGAAGGCAACUACGUACCUGAACGAGUCAUUUCCAGGAGACGUAAAAAAAGUUUGUAUUUACCAGUUGAGGGUAGAGGUAGAAGCGAUUUUUUUACGGCAACCGGCAGGCCAGGACAAGAUGUCAGGCGCGUCAGCAGUGUUUAUUCUCGACCUCAAGGGCAAGGUCAUCAUUAGCCGCAACUAUCGCGGUGAAGUGCCCAUGAGCAUAACGGAGCGCUUUGUCCGUUUGGUAAUCGACGAAGAAAGUUCAUUCGUUAAGCCGGUGUUUUGUGAGGAUGGUGUCAAUUUCGUAUGGAUACGAUACUCCAACCUCUACUUUCUAGCGACAAGUCAGCGAAAUGCGAAUGCGCUUAUGCUUCUCAGGUAUUUGAUGAUCAUCUUUCAGAUGCUGAUGUCUUUUAUGAGAUGGGUGGAAGCUUGUCUCUUUUUCCUUCUGGUGAUUUGAUUUCAACACGCUGUAAUGAUCAACAACAAAAUAAGACGACAGUAACUUUUCCGUUUGAAGAUGUGGCUUAGCAUCCUCCUCGACACCCCACAAUCCCACGACUAGUGACGUGACAUAACAACUACAGUUACCUCUACAAGCUUGCGGACGUGCUGAAAGAUUAUUUUCGAGAAUUGGAGGAGGAAUCAAUUAGAGACAACUUCGUCAUAACUUACGAAUUAUUGGACGAAUUAAUGGACAAUGGGCUUCCGCAGACAACAGAGGUUAAGAUUCUUCGCGAAUACAUCAAAACCAAGUCGCAUCAGAUGACGAGUACGACACAGGUAAAAAACUUCGACUGAAUCAUUGUUGGUGGAUGGAUCUUGGAUAUUACUUUACCGAUGUCACGGUGGCCUGUCGCAUAACGAAGUGAGUCUUACUCUGAUGCCGUAACAAGAAGAAGCCAUGUUGUAGUUUAGUUGGAGGCAGCCAGGAAGUAAUUCGGUGUCAAACGCCAGAAACAUUUGAACUUCGUUUGCGGAACCUGCAUUUGAAUUUCAAUAAUCAGGUAAAGCCAAUUGCAGCAAUUACCAACGCAGUGAGCUGGCGGCCUGAGGGUAUUGUCCACAAGAAAAACGAAAUAUUCCUGGAUGUGGUCGAGCGAUUAAAUUUACUUGUGUCCGCCAACGGUUCAGUUUUGCGGUCUGAAAUUUUAGGAAGCUUGAAAAUGAAAUCUUUCCUCUCGGGAAUGCCAGAGCUCAAGUUAGGGCUUAACGACAAGCUGCUUUUUGAGCAGACCGGUCGACCCAUGGCCAAGGGAAAAGCAGUAGAGAUGGAAGACAUAAAAUUCCAUCAAUGCGUGCGACUCGCGAGAUUCGAAAACGACAGGUACUUGUUAGAGUUCUCGUAUUAUACGUCAUGAUAAUAUUUCUCUUGCAUAAGAUAAGCCUUCCCGAAAAGAGAGAUGCUUACCACAAAACCGGGGAAUUCAUCGUUUGCUGCGCAUCAAAAGACGACUGUUGCCGAAAACAAAUCAGGACGAUAUCCUUUAUUCCGCCGGACGGAGAAUUCGAAUUGAUGAGUUAUCGACUGAACACGCAUGUGAAGCCGCUGAUUUGGAUUGAAAGCGCGAUCGACCUUGGCCAGAGCAAGAGUCGAAUAGAAUACAUGAUACGCGCGAAGAGCCAGUUCAAGUCCAGGUACUUCUCUACUAGAAGUCUUGUCUUAUCUUGGGUGCAAACUGGUUGUAAGGCAAAACUGGGUGAGCAAAUACUAGAAGUCCGCUUCGACAAAUGAAUGUGAGCUGUCAAUUUCUUAUGAAAGCACUUGAAUAAAUCAGGUCUGUAGCAAACAACGUGGAAAUCAUUGUGCCCGUGCCAAGCGACGUCGACUCCCCAAGUUUCAAGACGUCGAUAGGAACCGUCAAAUAUGUUCCGGACCAGGAUGCGAUUGUGUGGAGUACAAUUUUACCUAUUCACGUUGCCACAACUACUACUACUGCCAGUGCAAUGUUACUACUACUGCUCGUUGAGUCGGGGUAUGGUGUUUCCUCUGGUUCUCCGGGUUGGCGAGACGAAGUGUUUGUCCUCGAGUUAGUCCAUUUUCAUCGAAGGAGUGUAUUAUAACGAGACAAUUUUUUCACCAGGUAUCAAGCAGUUCCAGGGGCAGAAAGAUUUCAUCAUGACUGCAAACUUUGGAUUGCCUAGUAUUGGCAGCGAGAAUCGCGAGGAAUACGCAAAGAAGCCGAUCAACGUCAAAUUCGAAAUUCCUUACUUCACCGUCUCCGGGGUCACUGUCCGAUACCUGAAAAUUCUCGAAAAAUCUGGUUAUUCGGCGCUUCCGUGGGUCCGUUACAUCACGCAAAAUGGCGACUACCAGUUGCGAAUGGCGUAACAACAGAAUUUCGAGCAAGAAGACGGACCUGCUGCCGCACAAACUUAGCUUGCUUCAGAUAAUAAAUCAUUUGCUACUAGUACAAGAACUACGACUUCUCCUUCCGUGAUGAUAUCGAAGAGCGAUGCUCUUCGUUUAGACCUCCUGAGCAUCCCAUGCUUCUUCAAUCCUUCCCGAACCUUGAUGUCGAACCCCGUACAUACCACAUCAAUUGUUCACUUGGGUUUCCAAAAGCGACCCGAGUAACCCACAACUGCUUACUUACAACUAGCACCAAAAUGCGCCUCUCGGGGAGGACGGACUAUGACGUUUGCGCAGGUCGUACGAUGUUGUGGCAAAGGCCCAUGACUCCUUCCAAAUUCAUAGCUAUCUUGGAAGUCUUCCGAUGGAGGAGAUGCAUGUAGAACGAUCAUGGCAGAACGAAUUCAAAUUUUUGUACCAAGUAUCUUCACUUCACGCUUGAGCCUCGCUCAAGGUCAGUGCUGGGCAACAUGUGUACGUGCGUAUUCGGGUUUACAAACGAAAAAGGCAAGAAUGAUGCAGCUCACUGUACCAACCACGUGUGACGGCUCGAAGAGUAAACGAGACUGAGGCGUUGCGAGAUGCCGAAGAUGAUGAUCCAGAAGAUUAUUUUCCAUUCGCAGAGCGCGCGAGCGGAGUUAUAGAUAGGCGGUGUGAGUGGGAGGACAAAAACUGUCUAAUUAUGCCGCUGCGCCGGGAAUUCGUCAUCCAUUAUUUAUCCAUUGACACAGACAUUUUUUUGAUUGCUCCUUCUCAUGCAGGGAAGAAACAGCUAAGUUUUUGAGCCGCGCUGGGUCUCUGUUUCAUCCUCCGUCGCUGUUCAGAACGGAUCUCAGUUACUCAGUAAAGUGUGAUUAUACUAAUGAAGACAUG